AUGCCCGUGUUCAAGGUGUCGAGAGGAUAUGAGUACUCUUACAUCAUUCGGCGGCCAGUAUCGGCCCCCAAGGCCUUCGUGCUCUUCCUACACGGAUGGCCUUCCAUGGGCCUCGAAUGGCACCAUCAACUGGACCAUUUUCACAACCAGGGCUACACCGUGAUUGCUCCAGAUCUUCUCGGCUCAGGACACACCUCUCGGCCCGCUGACGUAGAUGCUUACCUGUUGAAAGAUAUGGCCAAGGAUGUUGUCGAGAUUCUAGAUCAUGAGCAAGUCGUUCGCUUUAUCGGCGUCGGCCAUGAUUGGGGCUCGUCUCUUCUGGGGAGAUUAGCGGUCUACUUCCCGGAAAGGAUAGACAAGCUUGCCUUUAUCACUGUCGGGUACACUCCGCCAGGGACUCCGUUCGACAUUGACCUCGUUAAUGAGCGUUCAAAGCAAGCCCUCGGGUAUGCUGCUUUUGGUUAUCAGCGCACUGACUUCGGAUCUCUUUCACACCUUCAUUACAUUAUGGCCACUGAGCAGAGCCGUGUUAGUAUACCAACGGUAAAGAAUGGUGACGAAUGGCCCUUUCUCUUUCGAAUCUACCUCAACUGUAUCACCUGGAUAUUGCGCAAGCUUGUAUCGUUUCUGACCGGUCCGAAUGAGGGUCAUGAUCGGGAAGUCAAAAUCAGCACCCCGGGAUUAGGCGCGGGGCAUGUUGUCUGCAACGUAUGGCUACCCCGAUCUACCCAGGAAACCCAAGCAAAACAUCCACUGGUGUUAGUUCUGGAAGGCGGUGGUUUUGUCCUGGGACAUCCUAAGGAUGGGCGGUUAAGCAACCGUCGAAUAGUUGAUCAGACCAGAGCAAUUGUCAUGUCAGUAAAUUACGCCAAAGCACCCCGAUACCCUUAUCCUCACGCUUUGCUGCAAGCCUAUGAAGCGCUGCGUUGGUCCCUGACAUGCUCAGCUGCCCUUGAAGGCAUAUAUGUCGAUCCUUCACGGGUGGCAAUUGGAGGAAACUCUGCCGGUGGGAAUUUAACAGCAGCUCUAUCUCUAUUACUAUCGUUUCGCAGUGGUCCUUUUUCCGUCUUUAGGUACGCUCUACCACCGGACUUCAAGCAAGUCCUCCAAUUCAUGCUUUAUCCCAGCCUCGAGCUUCGCUUGCCGUACGAUCUAAGGCUCGCCCGAUCUACAAUCGAUGCCCGGAAGCACAGCCUACCUGCUUGGGUGGCCCGGGCAAUGGAGCAGUCAUACCUACCGCCAAGAGUCUGCAAAGACGACAUCUUUGUAUCUCCUGUCGCUGCUAGUGUAGACCUUCUCCGUGAACUGGAUGUUCCACCUGCUGUACUGUUCACCGGUAGUCUUGAUUGCCUCAAAGAGGAGGGCUUCUGUUAUGCGCAACAUCUUAUGAAAAGUGGCAAGGAUGUCGACUUCCAGGAAUUCAAAGGCGGUACUCACGGGUUCUCUGUUAAACCGCAGGAUGGGAGUACAGAGGCGCAGGUCAUGUAUAAGGAAUGCUGGGCUAGAAUAUGUCAUUCACUUCGAGAUGCGCCCGUCUAG